AUGCAGGCUUGGCGAACUCUUAGUCGUCGUCCAACUUUGGCUUCAAUAAAUGCGCGAUACAAAAAGACAGUAGGACACAGAUUCCGGGAUGUCAUUGAGAAUGUGGGUCAGGUCAUUCAUCCAGUUGUGAAGCAUGUAUUUCCAAGCUUUAUUGCAUUCCACUACUUUUACAUUAUCUCGAUGACUUUUCUGGGUUCAAUUUUGAUGUAUCCAGUACGAAACUACGCUUACAUUGAUAUCCUAUUUACUGCAGCUGGGGCAUCAACGCAAGGCGGCCUCAAUACCAUCAAUACGAAUGAAAUGACUUUGUAUCAGCAAAUUGUUAUCUAUGUUAUCUGCUGUCUGACAACACCAAUCUGGAUUCAUGGAGGGCUUGCUUUCGUGAGACUGUACUGGUUCGAGCGCUAUUUUGACGGAAUCAAAGAUUGGUCGAAGAAGAACUUCAAGAUGCGCAGAACCAAGACCCUUCUGCAACGAGAAAUAACCCGGACGGCUACGGAGUCUCAGCGGCGACCUACAUCAAGAAGUGGGAAUCAGAAUUCUGGGAAAAAUGCUGAUUUUCAAAGUAAACUUUUCAGUGGGCAGAUGGUCAAUAGAGAGGAAGACGCUAGUUUGAAAGAAAACUAUGAAAUGGAAAAUCUUCAUGACAAUGACGACGGCGGGAGCUCACUUCAUGGAAAGGACCGACACACAAGCUCUUCCACAGGUUCAACUAAAAGCGUUGAUCAAGAUGACGAUACACCCGGUAUAAAAUUUGGUGCAAUGCCCAAACCGCAGAAAAAUCCUAGUGACCGUAAUCAAGUUCCAAUCGAACAUUUCAUUGGUAGAAGACGGUCAGAGGACAUUUCACCAGCGGAUAUGUUUCGUUCCAUAGCAAUGCUGCGAAACCAACAUGUCAUCGAAGAAAAAGAGGAAGAUGGACCAGCACUUGUUAUAAAUGGACCAGCCGAGAGAAAGCCUGAUUCGAAUGCUGGUCUUUCUUCCCCAGCACGCAACGAGAGAAAACCCGAUUUGAAUGCCGGCCUAGCACGCAACGAGAGGGUUUCCCAUACAUCAAAUGAAUUACCGAGCGCAGACGGGCAAGUCUCAAAUAAUUCUUUGGAGUAUUCUGGAUUAACCAGCUCUUCCUCUUCACAAGCAGAAGUUUCACUGCCUGUCCAAUGGACUCCCGAGCAGGACCGCCAUGAAAUCGCCCCUUCCUCGAUCAAGUUCAACGAACCUGAGCAGCCAUCUCCCAAUAAAAGACUAAAGUUAACAUCUAGCAAAGCAGCUCUUAAAAAACUCAGGCCUAAUUCAAUCGCAAAACUCACACGUUCUGGUAGGCUGAAGGACAGAGUACGAAAAAUAAGGAAUAUUUCUACCGAGGAUGGCAAUGACGCAGAUAAGGAACAGGCAUCAGGCGAAAGUGACGAGGAGAGUCACGAAAAUCUUCCCGAUGCUUGCGCUUCCACUUCUGAAGUAAUUCAGAAAACCGGCUCGUUUCCACUGCUUGAAAAAGUUCAAUCAAAUCUAGCAAUUCCUUCAAAGGAUGCGACAGGUGGAUCAAAGUUUUAUAAGAGGUGCAACACAAUAGAAACAUCGGGGAAUAGACAUAUGGACACGUUAACUAAAUCGCCGAGCUUUCAAAACAUGAUAUAUGAGAAGUGGAAAGAAGACCGCAGACGGAAGGGUAGAUUCUCACGCCCCGUCAAAAGAAAUUCGGUGUUAAGUCGUAGUACGAGUGAUUUUGGUAAUGACUAUGAUACUAAUAGAAAACCUAGAGCGAGCCUUGAUGGAACAAGCAACGAUGAGGAAACAAUAGGCGACUAUGGCGGUAUGACUUUUAGCGAGCCAACGGAGAGACCUCCACGCUUAAAGAGAAUGAGCACCAAUUACCUUUCGUGGCAACCUAAAAUAGGGCGCAACUCAACUUUCGUCGGCUUGAGCGACAUGCAGAGGGCUGAGUUAGGGGGCGUGGAGUAUCGUGCUAUUAAACUUUUGUGCAAACUAGUCCUCAUCUAUUAUAUCGGGUUUCACAUUUUGGGCUUCGUUAUGCUGCUACCUUGGAUUACACAUAUGGACGAUUACAUCAACCUUGUCAGGUCAGAUGGUGUUUCUCCAGCUUGGUGGGGAUUUUUCACAUCGAUGAGUGCUUUUAAUGACUUAGGAUUAACAUUAACACCAGACUCAAUGAGUUCUUUCAACAAGGCCGUGUAUCCAUUGAUAACAAUGAUGUGGUUCAUUAUUAUUGGUAAUACUGGUUUCCCCGUCUUCUUGAGAUUCAUCAUUUGGGUAUUUUUUAAGUUAAGUCGAGAUUUAUCGUUGGUUAAAGAAUCGUUGGGAUUCCUACUGGAUCACCCACGAAGAUGCUUUACGUUGCUAUUUCCUAGUGCGCCUACAUGGUGGCUGAUGCUCAUUUUGGUUGCAUUGAAUGCUAUCGACCUUAUUUUGUUCAUUGUUUUGGAUCUCAAUUCUCAAGUUGUAGAAGGCUUGUCAAGCGGUUAUAAAGUGCUCGAUGGCCUUUUCCAAGCCGUAAGUACACGUACGGCAGGAUUUUCUGUCCUUAAUUUGAGCAUGUUACACCCUUCGAUCCAGGUUUCCUACAUGUUGAUGAUGUACGUGUCAGUGUUGCCGCUGGCAAUUUCUAUUAGACGAACAAACGUUUACGAAGAGCAGUCGUUAGGCAUCUAUCAAGGCCGUGGCUCUGCUAAUGAAAACCAAGGCGAGGACGAAGACACACCUCCUAGAGACGAAAAUGAGAUUGCAAAGAAGCUUGAUAAAAGUACUAGAUCAUUCAUUGGGACCCAUGUGCGUCGGCAGCUUUCAUUCGAUCUCUGGUUUCUGUUUCUAGGGCUUUUUAUUAUUUGCAUCAGUGAAGGAGGCAAAAUACAAAACCCUGCAAUGCCUGAAUUUACUGUUUUCCCGGUUCUUUUCGAAAUUGUGAGCGCAUACGGAACCGUGGGGCUUUCGCUGGGCUAUCCGAGUACAGAUCAAUCAUUUAGCGCCCAAUUCAACACUUUUUCCAAAGUAAUCAUGAUCGCCAUGCUGGUUCGUGGAAGACAUAGAGGCUUGCCGUACUCACUUGACCGUGCUAUCAUUUUGCCGAGCCAAAGCUUGGAACGCCGUGAUCAUAUUGAAGAUAUGAAGUCGGAGCGUAACUCUGAGGGCAAGGAUCCGAUCGUGGCGUACUUGCGGAAGCAAUCUACAUCCGCUAAAGGCCAAUUACGAAGCAUGUUGCACAGACCACACUCCAAUCAAACCACCGAAGAACACGCGCCCUUGCGUAGCUCUCUAGAUUACCAUUCGACGCCGCGCUCUUCGGCCCGAAGUUAUAACGAGAUCAGUCCCAUGUCACGCUCUCCGCUCGGCAGCAGUCACAAUUUACCUUCGGACCCAAGCUCCUCCGAGAACGAAGAAGACGGGUCUCGAUUAUCCGAGGAAGCACCGGACGCUCAAGAAACGCCCAGAACAUUUUCGAACUAG